UCCCAAUUGCCCAUCUUUAAACUCACUUACAGCCUCACUCUCUACAUUCCACCACAACAAAAUAUCAUCGUCAUAAUAGCCAUCAUGUCUUGCAGCUCGCCAUGAUUUUGUGGCCAAUCGAUCCGUAUCUACCUAAGCAAUGGCAGGCGUACCUGUGCGCACACCCUUUCAGCCUCGCUCAAAAGCUCACACAGUCGUGAACACCACCGCUAUCUCUCCAGAACCGAUAGCCACAUCGAACUCUCGACCUAAUACUCCAGCCGGUCCCAUCAGCCGUAACCUCUCUACAGAUGCUAUCUCGGAUAGGUCUACAUUACUGUUCAUACGUCGCACAUUAUGCUCACACCUGAGUGAGAAGGGUCGUAGUACCCCAGCUCCAAUCGAUGAGAUACUUCCCCCGUUGACGAGUAGUAACGAGGUUGAUCUGCAACUGUACGCGUUUAUAGCAAUCAUAAUCAGGGAAUUUGUGUACACAUGGUAUGCCAAAAUUACACCAGAUCAAGUAUUUGUGGAAGAGGUGGUGAAAAUUAUUGCCCAUUGUACGAGAGGUCUGGAACAAAGGCUAAGGAAGGUGGACUUGGAGAGCUUGUUGCUUGAAGAACUACCAGAUUUGUUGGAUACACAUGUUAAAAGUACAGCUACUUAGGGGAUACAUCAAGUGACGAAAUACUAAUUUAUUGUGAAAAGUAUAUAGAACAUCGCACUACUCCCUACACCCAGAACCAAUUUCGGUGGACCCGCGUCAAGCAUAUCAUUCUCUUUGGCCUUUUGCGCCGCUAUCGCCAGUUCCGCUUGAAGGAGAUCCCGAUACGAUUAAGGGACAGUCGAAUAAUGAAGCUGCUUAUAGACAAUUGAUCAUCAACGGUCUUUUAGCCGUCUUAUUACCCACGGAAGAUCUCGAAAAUGAUUGUUUGACAUCCUUGGUUGGUCAAAUAUUCUCAGAGAUGAUACUGGGCAAUGGCAUCGGAGGUAAGGCCUGCGAACCCUGGCUAUUAUGGGAAGGCAUCAUGAAGAUUGCGGAAGUCAUACAAGCUCGACUACCGAAGUCUAAAGCGCAAGUCAGAGUUGACAGGUCAAAUUCCGAAAUUACCAGGCCAAACUUAUUGGAUAUUAAAGAUGGCGGCACGAAAACUUCGAAUUUCGGAAAAUCGAUGCAGAAAACCUUUUGGCUAGUUCUUCAAUAUUUGUUUCUAGCGUUCGCCACGAUUCGGGCUAUAACCAUUGCUAUUGCAACCUCAUCUUCAUUGCCGUCUCGUAUUCUUUCUACAAGGAAACCUACUGGCUUAGCCUUGCCGAACGAUGAUCCGGAACCGCCGAUGAAUUCGGAAGCAUUACCUUGGGCUAGAGCUCAACCACUCAAGCGCCCUAUUCUCAAGAUGAGGUUAUGGUCAUGCGUGUCUACUUUGCUAGAUAUGGAUACCCGCAUGCCAUGGCUGAGCGCCACAUUAUCUCUUCUUCAAUGGGGUGCAAUUACCGGCCCUGGAAAAAUUGGAGAUACAGACGGCAUGAUUGAUAAGUAAGUUACUAUGAUUGAUCACUUCUCAUUUUUUUGGUCCCGAGUUCCAGAACCCAUCUAUACAUCACACCGCAUGAGAUUUUGGUCACUUGACCAAAAACGUUCCAGUUAACUUGCAGAAACGAAGUCGUUUAAAAUGCUGUUUAUCAUCAGGGAUUUAUAAAAAGUUCCCGUUAUCGGUAUGCAUGACAAGGGGCCUGCAGAAAGCCGAAUGAGGAGUCUCUUUUCAGAUGCCUAGGCUUCAGCCACUAGAAUGUAAUGUAACCUCGACUUAAUGGAUUUUUUAAUCCCUCGAGAAAUGAUAUACGCAUCGACAUCAUGCGGUCAUAUCUUUGAAUCCAAUCAUCCUUUGAACCUGCAUCAUUUUGCAUUCAACCACGACACAUUUCCCGUUUCCCGCAUUGAAUCAUGAAUUAUCCUUUUUAUCCCUGUUAUUACGUUUCGUAUUGUGGUGCUUCGAAUUUGGGUCGAAAAAUGUGUCGUGCCUUACGAUGGCCUUCUCUAAGCGCCCGGCUCAAUACAUUUUAGUACGCCUCGCAUCAUUGCUGUGCAUAUCUCUUCCCCACCAAAGGCAUUUCCUAAACCAGUCAAUUACCGCUUUCUUCCUUUGUAAAACUUGGAAGAUCUACGUUUCUCCGCUUCUUGGCCCCCAUCUAUAUCAUGGCCGAGGCGAGCAAAAACAUCCGAUGACUUCGCCGGGCUUUCCAGUGGCCUGGCUGCGGAGAAAGAUCACUGAUGUUACACAAUCCGCCAAGGUCUUAUUCGGUCUACCAAAUGCUAUUUUUCUUACAAUCCAUUACCAUUCAUUUCAUCCAUACAUCCCAUCAGUUCCCCUAUUUUCCACACGCAGCACAAACAUAAACUUGCCGGAGGCUGGCACACCUCAUGUCUCAGCAAUAGUACAAUUCACAAGCUAACAAGCAUCCAUAGACUCCUAUCCCACCAAAUCCACACCCACAUUUUGGACCCCACCCUUCUGGCCCCCCUCCUCUGCACAGUCCGUCAAACCCUCUUCCCCAAUAACACGCUCGCACAAGCUAGAAGCCCUCCUACUCCUGCCGAAACCAUCGAAAUACGACGAAGGUGCGCACAGGCUAUAUUGGGGUUGAUACCAAUACAUGUGCGGGAUAUUUAUUUUGGCCGUGCUCCUUUACAUUCCUCGGAUGCUAAUAUCGAUGUCGAAGCGAAAACAGCCGAAUCCUCAAAGGAAGAAAGACAUAUCCGAGAAGUAGAAGAUGUGUUGAAUGUAUUCAGCGAUGUGUAUUGUAAUAAACACCUACUCUAUGGAAUUGUGGAAAUUAUCAUCCUGAGAUUGAUACCAGAGUUGGGGAAAAGGGGUGCAGGAGUUAUUGGAUGAGAGGUUGAAUUAAUUAGGUAGUUUUAGAUUUGGAUUUUCGGCUUGUCGUUUAUUGAAUGUUUAGAUACCCAUAAUCCAAUCCCAUUUAUGAAAUGGAAAUAUAAAUAAAUCAAAUUGAAUUG